AUGGCCUUAAUGCUCAACGUUAUCCCAUCACCUGUCAACCCGAGAUUAACGACUGUGCUUUUUAGUGGGCGUUUGCCCGACGACAGCACUGCACCGUCCAUCCAGAAACCCCUCCGCCGUGCUGCCCAUGUCGUCAUCACGCCGCUGCUCGGCCCUUUGGCUUCCUGCACCCUGGCCAGGCCCCAGAGGGUCAAAAUUUCUGACCAUCCCAGCAAUCAGACGUCACUCUCUCCUGCGGUUACACCCACCGCCCGUCCCGGUUGGCCAUUGCAUCCAAUGCUGACACUACCGGGCCAAUCGCUCGCCUCCAGCAGUAGUCAUCCGGCACCUGCAGUAGGCGUGCUGCUGAUCGACAACGGCACCAGUCCACCACUUACCCUGCUCUGCUUGCUGCUCUGCGCCGCAAUCCCUUCGCAAUGUUCCCCCCAAGCCCGCCCUGCCGUGCAUGUGCAUGCUUCUGAUUGGCCCGACCCACCAAACACUCGCUGUGGCACAGACCCACUGCUCGCCACACUCGCCACACUCAGCGCCACACUUGCCGAUCCAUAUCCGCCCAGACAAGCAGAUGCCGUCGCAACGCGGCUGGACGUUCACCACAUGAGCUCAUCCACCGUCACUAUUAGUCCGGCUCACGACGCCCCAAACUAUCUGCUCUUCCGCGCCGCCGUCUUUUCGUCCAAUCUUCAAUCACCCUGUCUUCUCUCCUGA